AUGGAGGAGGACAUUGAAAUCUUUCUUGAUUUCCUCGAGUCUCAGGAUGACGAGGACUCCUCAUGCGGCAUUCUGAACGCCCCACCUGCCAAGCACAAGGCCGACGCCACUGAAGAAGAGCAGCAGCAGCAGCAGAAGCGCAUCAACUCGCCAUCGAAUGGCCCCGUCCUCACGGAGGAACAGAGCAGGCCGGUCGAUGCAGUGGUCGGACGGCGCAGGAGCGCGUUUGUGACUGGAGAUGCUGGCACGGGCAAGUCGGUUGUCUUGCGAGCCAUCGUCGAGGGUCUCGAGGCACAAAUGUUGAACGUCGCCAAAGCGGCCUCGACGGGCAUCGCGGCAGUGGCCAUCGGAGGCACCACUCUCCACUACCUGCUCCGCAUGGGUGCUUGCGAUGCUCCGAUGGAGGAAUUGGUCAAUCAAGCCAGGGAGAGACGUACGAACAACCCCUCCAAGGUCAUGUGGCGGGGUCUCGACGUGCUCGUGCUCGACGAAAUAUCCAUGUUCGACGCGGAGUUCUUUGACAAGGCCGAGCGCAUCAUCGCGGCCUACAGAGGCCGUGAAGAGUUGCCGUUCGGUGGCCUCCAGAACAUCACCAAGACCAUGGAGGGGCGAAUCUGGCAACUGCCCCUUAGACUGGCGUGGGCGCUCACGAUCCACCGCGUCCAAGGCAUGACGCUCGAGAAGGCGGAACUCAGGAUGAGGGAGAUCUUCCAGUACAGUCAAGGCUACGUUGGCUUCUCCCGCGUGAAGACCCUCGACGGACUCUUCCUCCACGAUCUCGACCCUGGCAGUAUUUGA